AUGCUGAAGAUGAAAAUUCUUUUAUUUUUACUAAUCAGUGCCGAACUCAAUCUUGUAAUGAUAAACAGCCAAGGCAUCCCAUCGUCAUCUGGAUCAUCAACACAAUUUGCUCAACCUCCUUCGGCAUUCUCACCCGAUUCUUCACUCUCAGGAGAUUCACCACCUCAAUCUCAGCCAGGACUGCCUGCUGGACAGCUAUCAGCAUCUGGGCUAUCAGCUUCUUUUGAUCCAAUGCGGGAACCUGGUCAGUUAUCUCCAUCCGCACCAGCAUCCAACCCAUCGUUUUCAUUUGGACCACUGCCGGGAACAUUGGUGUACCCGCCAUCUCCAAGUGUUCCACGUUUUGGACAGCCUUACAAUUAUUAUCCACCUGGAGUACCUCCACCUUAUUAUCCACCACAGUUUUAUUUUCAGCUGCAAAGACCUUACUUUCCACCUUACAGAUAUGGGCGUCGAUAUGGAGGCCGAAACCGCAGACUUAGAUAUGGACGAAUAUUUUUCACUUAAUAAUCAGCUUGUGAAGAUUUAGUUAAAUAUCUGAGUACGUUUGCUUUUUCCUGCUGUUUUUGAUUCAUGAGAAAAAACUGCUAUCUAAUUGCUAUAAGAACGAUUCGACAAAUGAAAUGGGAAAAUG